AUGCCAGCACCCUCCAUUACGAACCUUCUUCCCAAUGAAACGGUUCAUCAGCGAUUACUCUUAAUCUACGGCACUGCCGGAGUUGGCCUGGGCGACUCAUCUUUAAAUGUGCGAAAUAUUUCUACCACAUAUCCUGCGCAAAGCUUUCGAUGCACCGACUCUCACUGGAAAGCUUUAGUGCCGUUGGAUCCUGGCAAGAACAGAUUGGUUCUUGAGCAUUCCUUAGGUGGAAAAACAGAAAUCGAUGUAGUAUAUAUACCUCUGCUUCAAAAUCCACCCCUCGUGCUCGCGGUUCUGGUUGCCAAAGAUAGUCCUAUGGUUUUCGACAUCCCAGAUGGAGGAGAAAGGUUACCCUUUGAAUAUGACGUGAUCAGGAAAUUCAGAUUGGCUGCAUACAUGUGGCAAGCCUUCACUGCGGAGCAGAUGUGGCGACACGGCUUUGGACGGCGCACCUUCCGAUUGGAUGAGACCUGGCUGCCUGAUACGCUGUCCAACAAGGACAACGAGACAUUACGCACGACAGCCAGGGUACAUGUCGUCCGAACCGAUCUUAGCGUUGCGGAGCUUCGAGAUAUUGAGCUCGCACAACAAAAAGCAACUCAAACUGCAGACAACGUAGUGCCGACACCUACUCAGGCUCCUGGGCCACCGUUCGACCAACAGUGCUAUGUUGCUGGAUUAAUUUUAGACUCCACUUGGGAUCCUGAUCGCCGUGCAAUUUUGGGACACGCGGCCCUAGGUGGAGGGCAAGGACAUAUGCGGCUUGGUAUAUUUGGGUCGCAUCUCAUUCACGCAUGGCCAUCAUCUCUGGAAGAUAUCGAUCGGUGCUUGUUAGACGUAACUCCCAAUGACAUUAGACGUACUGCGAAUGACAAUGGAGAGACGGACGUCGCUUAUAAAUCUUUCUGCAUCGGAUCCGGCGCUUUCUUGCACGAGGUUGGCCACGCUUUUGGGCUCAUUCACUCCCCCAGUGGAUUGAUGCGGAGAGGAUUCAAUCAUUUCAAUAGGACGUUUAUGCCAGUGGAAAACACAGCGAGAGGACAGGUGCGUCCGAUAACAGUUGAUCUUGAAGAUGGUUCUCAUUGGCAUCGAAUCGAUACCGUUCGACUUCGCUACCAUCCAUGUUUUCGGCAUCUGAACGACGAUACCUCGGUUCAAAGAGAAUUGGGUGGUCCAUGCUUCUACCCGAUUAAUAACCACAUUAUUGCUCGAUCGCCCACUGGUAUCAUUCUAGUGGAGUGGGAAGUAGAGGGACUGGGUGUAGUUUCUUGGCGCGAUUUUACUCAUGGCGACCUUGUGGAGCCUUUUGAAUACGCCAUUUCGUGCGACGAGGCCGUAUUGAAAAGCUUCAACGGCAGUAGCCAAAGGAAGAUCUCACUCUCAGUUACCAGCACCAAUCAGCAAUCAGCUCGCAUUGACGAUGUGGAAUCUUUCCGCCAAAAUGCGUCCCUUCAUAUUGAAGGCUUCGGGACCGUUUUCAAAAGUCAAACUGUUGGACAUGGUAAUUCUGGCGGCACGAAUCAUGAUUUUACAAUUUGGUUCAACAAAGGCCAUGAUUUGUCGUCCAUAGUAUUUUACAGUGGUGAGCACUAUUUGUCUGGCUUGGAUUGCAUGUUCUCGGAUGGUUCACGGGAAAGGAUAGGGCGACAUGAUAGGAACAGGUCAGAGAUGCUCUUCAACAAAAGAGCCAUAUUGAAACAUUUGAUCGUUAGAGCAGGCUGGUGGGUCGACGGGUGCGAGAUGGUAUUUCUAGGUGCCGAUGGAGAAGAGAUGUGCUCGGGAUGGCAGGGUGGCAGUGGCGGCAAUGGCCCAUUUCGUUUGGAGCCACCAGCUCGAUGUCGAAUAGUCGGAAUCUUUGGCAAUACUGGGCACCAUAUCGAUAGACUGGGUAUCAUAUAUCAAUGCGAUUAG